GCGUUCUGUUGUUUUGACGGUGUUAAACGCUAUGGCGCGCGGCGUGUAGGCCGAUAGAGCGUGUACGAGUGUACGAAAUUGCAAAUUUUUUUCAUUAUUUACGAAUUUUUUAUUAUUUUUAUAUUCCUUCGAGUUUUUUUCUAUUGAUCACCGUCAGUUUUCGUGACAAUUUUGCUUCCAUUCGAUAGUACCGUCCAUCCGUGCAACACGAUUCUCGAAGAUCGAAUAGGUGACAUCGCGGGCCUGAAUCUGUUUUUUAUAAAAUUACUCGUCCCGCGGAACACCGUUCAACCGAAACGCACUCGACAGACACGCGCGAUUCGUGGACUGAGGUGGAGGCAUUAACGACGAAGGAACCGAUGGUGAAGAAGACGUCAUAACCAGCAAGCGAGUGAGCCCUGACGACAAUCGUCACGCGUGUGUCGAAAGCACAACACGCGCGCGAAAAAUCCCCCCCUUGAAGCCGCCGACGGAGAGUUGCAACGGCGUAUUUCGCCUGCUCCGCCAUGCCCCGCCGCAGCCACCACCACAAACAACAAUCGAUACCGUCAUCGUCGUCAUCGUGAUAGUAGCAAAACGUUUUCGGUUAUAAUAGUACGGCGCACCGUUUGUAAUACGCGCAUUUUUGUAUAUUUUCAUUUUGGUUUUUGAUGCCAUUUUUUCGCCCUAUCUUGUAAUAUCGUUUAAAAUAUUUAUCAUUCCGUCGCGACUUCUCCGAUCGUGAUCGCGUACUCACUGGAUUUAUACUAUCUAUACUCGUCUGUCCUCGACCGCUUUAACUGUUGACGACCAGUGAUUAUUGCCUCCGUUACGUUUUGACGCGCUGUCCAUGGUUGUUUGUUCACCACAUCAAUCUGCAAUCUGAUCUGGAACAUUGUUUCACCGUGCCCAGAACACAGUGCGCGCAUUCAUUCGCACAACAUGCACCACGCUGCCGCCAUGGUUUUUCAGGAGAACAAGAGGUCGCUAUUCCUAGGAUCAUUUGUUCAAGUCGGAGCCGGUAUAGAGAGAUUGAUGAUCCAAAAUAGCGACGGAGCCGGUGAAGACGAGUCGAUGGAAAUAUUCGAUCUCGCAGGUAAUCAACACAGUGAUAACAUGCCCAGCGAAACCGUCAAGCAAAUGUACAACGCGUCUGCAGAAGAAAUCAGGAAUACCACUCCAAAAUAUAUAUCAUGCUGUAUGAAAUUUGUGAUAAAGGAUCAUAUAGAAAUGAUUCCGGACAUACUCACUGUGAUAGAAAAGAUGACAAAAGAUGAAGACAAACUAAUGCGGUUUGACACAGUCAGCACUGUUGGUUAUUUAUGCACAGUUUUUCACCAACAUGAGAACCUCAGAUCUUAUAUACAUUCUUUCUUACUCCCAGCUAUUAUCAAAGCAUUAUCUGACCCAGCAGAACAGGUAAUAAUGCGAGCUCAGAUGGUUCUCACAUACAUUAUAAGCAAAGGUGUGAUCAACAACAAGACUGUUGAAGAUAUUGUAUGUCCAGCACUUAUAUUAGCGGCUAAUUCCACAGAUGAUCUCCAUGUACAAAAUAACAUUGUUACGUUAGUAGGAAAAAUUGUCCUUAAAAUAAGUGACUAUGUGCUGUGCAAAACUGUAUUACCAUUCCUAAUCAACAAAAGCCAUAGUGAUUGUAUAUAUGUCAGACUUGCUGCUUUAUUGAGUUUUCCUGAACUUGGCCAUGCAUUGAACAUAGAACAUAAAACCAAAGUAUUGAUGCCUCGUUAUUUAGAAAUGUGUAAUGAUCGUGUGGGUACUAUUCGGAAAACAUGUGCCGAUAUUAUUACACCAUUAUCAGUAUGUUGUGAUGAUACUCUGAGGCGAGGGCCUAUAACUGAUGCAGCUGGACGAUUACUUAGUGACAAUUGUAAAUUUGUGAGACAGACAGCUUUAGAAAAUUUAGGUCCAUUGAUUACAACGUAUGCAAGUCCUGCUGUUACGUCAUUGGUUACUACUCGUACUUUUAUUCUUAUGAUGGUCAGCAAUUUCACUGAUGAUUUACAUUAUAUUACUAUGAAAUGUCAAACAAGUCAAGAAUAUUUUAAAGCAACAGAACUGUUAAUGGAUCGAGAAAAGCCUUGGUCAAAUGAAACAACAAUGAAAAAUGAUAAUAAAUUUUGGGUUGCUGAUUAUAAUGUUAAGACUGAAUCUGAAGAAUUAUAUAGUACUUUUACAUAUUGGAGAGAACCCAUCUGUGAUACAAAAUCAUCUUUUAGUUUUGAAAAUGAUUGUGAUGAUAGGGAAUCUGAUGGUGAACGACUUCAAUCAAUGAUACCGAAUAAGUUAUGGUAUGUGCCAAUGAAUAACAAUUCUAAUUUGAAUUGCACUGAAAUGAAAAAAUCUGAGUUUGAAGUAAAACCAAUUUCAGAAGAAGGUAAUGGAGAUUCUAAACCUUCAGCUACUGAACUUAAUGGCCAUGAUCUAGUUGUACCUACAUUACUGCUUGAUCAUUAUGCUGACAUGGCUGGUGCGUUUGAUGACAGUGAUCUUGCAUCUCAAUGCGCAUGUAUGUUACCCGCAGUGCUUGUUACUAUAGGUCCUACUCACUGGCCAUUGCUCAGACAUACUUAUUAUGUUCUAGCUUCACACAGAUCUUGGAAAGUUAGAAGAAAGGCUGCAUCUUACAUCCAUAAAUUGGCUAUUUACAUCGGUGAAGAAGCUACAUCCAGAGAUCUCUUAACAAUAUUUGAGUCUCUUGUAUUGGAUUUAGAUGAAGUACGGUCUGGUGCCAUAGAUAAUUUUGCUGCUUUUCUCAAGAUGUUAUCGGUUACUGUACGUAGUGAUUUGGCACCUAUGAUGUGUCGAUUUUUGAAAACUGAUUAUGAAUGGAACUGGCGUUUUCGACAAAAUUUCUGUGAACAAUUAGCUGAGUCUUUACACUUAUUUACACCACUUGAUAUGUAUCAUCAUAUACAUGAGGUUUGCUUGUCCUUACUCAUGGACAGAAUAUCAUCUGUUCGCCAAUCUGCUUUAUCACUGGUUCCUGAAUUAUUGGUGGUACUUAAUAAAAAUCUUAGUUUAAAACGAUUGAUGUUGAAUGAACUAGUUACACGUUUUGGACGAGCAGACUUGUGGAGUAGACGACAAAUGUAUGCUCAAAUAUGCUCUUACAUAUUAAACUAUGGUGACCGGUGUCUGUCUACAGCAGAUUUCAAUAAUGAAUUAAUGCCUUGUUUGCUUAACUUGGGUUCUGACCGCGUACCAAAUGUUCGAUUAAUGGUUGCCAAAACUCUUUAUACUCAAGUUAUAAAUAACUCGGUAUUUAUGGAUUUACAAAAUCCUCAGCAUAAUGUACUCACUGAAACCCUUACGAGGUUAAGAAGAGAUGAAGACCGAGAUGUUCGUUAUUUUGCUGAUAGCAACCGGGGCUUUGGUAUUAGUGCUAAUUAAUUUAUAUUUAUUUACAUGUGCGAUCACUUUUAUAUACUUAUAAUUUUAUAGCAACAGUUAUUCACAAUA